UAUUACACAAUAUUUCAGGAACCAUAUUUACCUUUUUUUAUUGACAAGGACAUACAUAUAUCUAUCUAUAUCCUUUUACUCCACAGCAUUAACACUUUUUUGCAGUUGCGUCACCUACCUUUUUCAAUUAGCCUUUAUUCACACUCGCCUUUGCACUACUCGACAUCAUUGACGACAUCACUUUUUGUUCGAUUAUCUCAUAUCCGGAAUUAAUACAACGCCUCUUACAUCGACAUUUAUCCAUUUAGAUACUCCAGAAACCCCUCAUUAUCGGAAUAUCCUCUACCUUGGUCGUUUCAUUAUCCAAAUAUCCUAACAACUUAUCUUGGGCUGCUGCACACUUGUACCAAUUGAGUCCAAUUCGUUAACUGACCCAAUUGAAUAUUCCAAACUACAUACUUCUUCACCAAACCCACCACUUCGACGCAAUCACCACCAAAACCAGUGGUACAUUCCAAUACUUCUAGAUUUGUACCGAUCUACACAUCAGGGACCUAUACAGACGCACGAAAGUUCACUCCUGUGUACAAUACAAGUCGCACGAAACUAUUAGGACAAUAAGUUUCCAAUCAGAAUUUUCGGAUUGCAAAGCACUUUUUGUGAGAGAAGUACCUUUGUAUUUCUUGUAUCGUAUGGUAUUUGGCAUCUGGGUAGAUAUUUUUUCUUUUUUAAAAAAAGGAAAGAAAAUCAUUCUUCAUUGCUGGGUUUUUGGCGAUACGAGUCGUGGAGGCAUUCUGAAAAAUCGUCUUCAUACUACUUUGCAAUUUUGGGAAGCAGAUAUACACAUAGAUAUCACUUGAUAUCACUUGAUCAGUAGUUUUGAUCACGUUACAAUUAUAACCCAUCUACCACACUCUUCCUCACAAUCGGAAGGAAAAAGAUGGCUCCUUCAGCAAUCAGCACAAGCAAUUCCCCAGAAGGACUACGUCCCGUUGCCAUCAACGGCCAAAAAAUCAUGUCUUCCCUCAAGAUGGAUAAUCUCUCCCUCUCCCCAAACCAAACCCUCACCGGCGUCCCCUCCUCUGAAUCUCUCGACCUAGUCUGCGUCGGGUUCGGUCCGGCCUCCCUCGCCAUUGCUAUCGCUCUCCACGACGCCUACUCCAAAUCUUCGCUGCCUCCACCAAAAGUUCUUUUCUUAGAGAGGCAAUCCGAGUUUGCCUGGCACGCGGGUAUGCAACUUCCUGGUGCGCGAAUGCAAAUUUCGUUCUUGAAAGAUUUAGCUACGCCUAGAGAUCCCCGAUCCAAGUUUACUUUCAUCAACUAUUUGCAUUGUAAGGGAAGGUUGAAUACGUUUAUCAACUUGAGCACUUUCCUGCCAAGUCGUAUGGAAUAUGAAGAUUAUUUGAGAUGGUGCGCUAGCCAUUUUGAAAAAGAAGGAUGUGUGAAAUAUGGUGCAAAUGUGGAGUCGGUGGUUCCUUCAUCACCUUCAGCUGAGGAUGGAAAGAUUCCUUCGUUUACUAUUUCUUCUUCUUCUCCUUCGGGUGAACUUGUCACUCAUUCUGCUCGUCAUGUAGUUAUUGCUGUUGGUGGAAAACCUAUCAUUCCACCUGUUCUCCAAAACAAACCUUGCGUGUUACAUUCUUCUCAAUUUGCUACCAAUAUUGGAAAGAUUGAGAAGUUGCAAAGGGAAACUAGAAAACCAUUGAGAUUUGCUGUUAUUGGUAGUGGACAGAGUGCUGCCGAGAUUUAUAAUGAUUUAUGGGAACGUUUUGGUGAAGAGACGGGUGUUACUGUUAAUUUGCUUGUCAAGGGACAGAGUUUGAGACCAAGUGAUGAUAGUCCUUUGUGAGUUUUCUUCAUUCUUCAUCACAUCUUCCUCCACCCUUUUUCCACAUAUCACAAAACUAACACCCAAAAGCGUAAACGAGAUCUUCGAUCCUGACCGCGUAACACCUCAUUACAACCGACCCUCCCACCUCCGCGCUGCCGGCAUCGUUCUUGACCGCGCAACGAACUAUGGAGUAGUACGUCUAGAACUCCUCGAGCAUCUUUACGAAAAACUUUACAUCCAACGCAUUAAAUGUGAACGCACUGGAGCCGAACCCCGCGCAGCCAUCAUCGUAAAUCGACGUGUUAUUUCCGCAACUACAUCUCCUUCUCAUGAUAGUUUACGCCUGAAGAUUGUAACUGAAGAUGGAGAUGAAAAGGUAGAAGAGGAAUUAGAUGUGGAUUAUAUUUUUACAGCUACGGGAUAUAGAAGAGAUGCUCAUGUUAGUAUUUUGGAAGGAUGUGAAGAACUUGCUACUGGCGAGGGAAGUGAUGUUAAAGGAGAGAAUGGCUUAGUUAAAGGUAAAUGGACUGUUGGAAGAGAUUAUAGAGUUAAGAUGGUAGAGGGGCGUGUGAAAAAUGAGGCGGGGAUUUGGUUGCAGGGUUGUAAUGAGUCGACGCAUGGGGUAUGCUUUCUUUCCUUUCUUUCCUUUCUUUCCUUUUCUCCGUUCAUAUGUUUUGAUUAUACGAAGAAAUGAAUAAAUACUAACCCGAAACAGUUGUCCGAUUCUCUCCUCUCAAUUCUCGCCAUCAGAGGCGGAGAAUUAGUCGAGAGCAUGUUUGGGGAACAACUUGCUCAAGCUGGAAAGACGUAGUUCUUUUUUCUUGACUUGCCUUCCUAUUAAUACAAUGCUCUAUCAUGGAAUGAUAAGUAUCCAGCUACAGCGUAUCGCUCCCGAAUAGAACGAUUUUCUUUCUCAGGCGGUUGUUUCUGGCUAGUGGCAUGUUGGCGGUUUGUAUGUUAGUUCGCUAGGGGAAGAGGGGAAGAGAAGGGGGAAGGUAGGAGUAAAU